CUCCCAGAGUUACUUAUCGUUUAAUUAAUAUUUGAAACGUAUUACACUUAGAAUUAUUUUACUCUUUAACUGAAACCACACCGUGUUGACAAUGAGAAACGAGCCCAUCCCUGAGGUGGACAUGAGGACGGUGGCCCAAAAUGCCGAGGUGCAGCGCAAAGGCAUUCUGGGGUUCGCGCCCCGGGUCGGAAUGGUGAUCGUGGACUACGACGACCUGGACAGGAUCGACAACUUCUAUCUGGAGAGCCAGAAGUACCGGGACUAUUUUAGGGAUCCGCACAACAUGCUGCACAAGCCGCCGCGCUUCCGUCAGCAUCAGGGAAAGUGCGGCAUCAAACUGGACCACAGUGUUUACCAUUUGACCCAGCCGAUCCUGUGGGUCGAGGAGCGACAACCACUGGUCUAUCCGCUUUCCAAAGACACCGCCAUGAGGCUGGGCAUGCCCAUCACUCCCAUGAUCAGAGGGCGCCAUGACAAGUCCUCAUCCGUCUCCUUCCUUCGUUAGAUCAAAGGGUUCCAGGAGUUUGCGGGAGAGCUUAGGUCCUUUGCGAGGACAGCGGUCCAUUCCAGUGAAGGCACCUGGUGGACCCAAAGGCAUUCGCAAUGGAUCUAAGCUCAUCUGCCAACGAACUAUGGGAUGUGGGGGUCAAUAAAAUUAUUCUGUAUACCUUUGUGGGUCUAAUAAAGACAUUUGUGAAAAAUAGUCUGUUUAA